UUUUAGGACGUCCUCCAGUGAUCACUGUAGAUGGGUUUGAUCAUUCAGGAGGUCUUCAUUUACAGUGUGAAUCUGAAGGUUGGUAUCCUGAACCUGAUCUUGAGUGGCUGAACAGUGAAGGAAUCAGUUUGAUUUCAGAAACUACAGAGACACACAGAAAUGAAGACGGAUUCAGAGUGAAACACACCAUCACUGUACAUCACAGAGACGACAAGAUUCACUGCAGAGUCAAAUUGAGACAUCACGUGCUGGAAACACAGAUUAUCACCACAAGUAAAAGGUUUAGUUCUUGGAGGACAUCAAUCAUCCUGAUUUCAGUUUUUGUUGUGCUCAGUGUGAUUGCUGGAAUACUGAUAGCUGUGUUUGUUCAUAAAAACAGAGAACACAGUCAAAUACAGGAUGAACACAGUCAACUAAAGAAUGAAGGCGGUCAACUACAGGAUGAACACAGUCAACUAAAGAAUGAAGACAGUCAGAUACAGAAGGAAAACAAUCAGCUACAGGAUGAGAAGAGGAAAAUACAACAAGAACGUGAUCAACUUUUGAAGACAAUUCUACCUAAAGCACUUACAUAUUUAAGAUCAUAUAAGGUGGAUGUGAUUCUGGAUGCUGAUACGGCUCAUCCAGGUCUCAUCGUGUCUGAUGAUGGGAAACAAGUGAGAUCUGGAAACAGACAAGUGAAAGGAGUGGAUAGAAACAAAGGCCGAUUUGAUGGAGAUCUUAGUGUUGUUGGGAAGGGUGGAUUCUCCUCAGGGUGUUUUUACUUUGAGGUGCAGGUGAAGGGACAAACUGAGUGGUGUUUAGGAGUGACCAGAGAAUCUGUUAACAGGAAAGGCUGGAUCAGUCUGAGUCCUGAGGAUGGAUACUGGAUUGUGGGAUGGAGAGAUAGAGAGUAUCAAGCUUGUGAUUCUUCUGCUUACUCUUUUUCUCUAAAUGUGAAUCCUCAGAGGGUCGGUGUGUUUGUGGAUUAUGAGAAGGGUCUCGUCUGCUUUAAUGAUGUGAAGUCCAUGUCUCAUAUCUACUCUUUCACUGAUCAAUCUUUUAAUGAGAAACUCUAUCCAUUUGUUAGUUUGGGGUAUAAGAGUAAUGUAAACUCCACACCACUGAUCAUCUGUGAUAAUUACUAAUGAGAUCAGUGAAUUUACAUGAUCAACUGUAAUAAAAGAAAAUGCAAUAAAAAUGGUAACAGCAAUAACUAGAUAGUUUGGUUUGAGAAAGCCAGCCUAAAGGCAAAACAAUCUAUCAGAUAGAUCGAUCGAUGGGGUUGCUAUAUGAUGGGGCACUCAGGGUGGUUGCUAAGAUACACAGGUAGUUUGCUAGGGUGUUGCUAUGCAGUUGCUAAGGUGUCCAGGUGGUUGCUAGGGUGUUGCUAUGCAGUUGUUAGGGUACUCAGGGUAGUUGCUAGGCUGUUGCUAUGUGGUUGCUAGAUUAUUGAGGCGGUUACUGUGGUGUUGCUAUGUGGUUGCUAGGGUACACAGAGCUAGGUUGGUUUGGAUGGUUGCUAGAGUGUUGCUAUGAAGUUGCUGGUAAGUAUCAUAGACGCUAUACAUAUUGAUUGUAAAGUUAAAGCUGUAGAUCAGGGUUCCUCAAAUCUUGUCCUGGAGUGUCGCUGUCCUGCACAGUUUAACUCUGACUCUGAUCAAACACACCUACACAAACUAAUCAAUGUCUUUAGGAUCACUAGAAAUCACAGGUAGGUGAACUUGAUCAUGGUUUGAGCUAAACAGUGCAGAGCAUCAGCCCUCCAGGAUCAGAUUUGGGGAACCCUGAUCUAGUUACAGUCAGCAGAAGAAGAAGAAUAUGUUUAAAUAGCAUUUUAGUAAGUCAGCUUUCUCAGUCCAAUUAAUCUCAAAUAUUAUUUACACUACCAGUCAAAAAUUUGGAUACAUAAGGGUAAUUAUCAAUUAUUUUGAUUUAAAAACUUCUGCUUAAAUGACUGAAAAGAAUUUAUAAAAGAAAAUAAAUUAUGCCUAUAUGACUUUCUUAAGACUGAUGCUUUAUUUUAACAAGAAUAAUGUUUUGAUCUGGAGCAGAAAAUGAAUGAAAACAUCAUGAAGAUCAUACAGUUACUGCUCCUUCUUCAAUAGUGUUUGUUGUUUGUUGAUGAAUGUUCCUCACUUUCAGUUGUUCACUUUCAUUUGAUUUUGAAUUUUGUAUUUCAUUGAAUUCUUUCCAACGCUGUUUUCAUGUCUGUACAAAAUAGAUACAAAAUAGACCUUUAGUGCCAAGCUCCUUAAAGGACUGUUAUAUACUGUAUACCCAGUUUUGUGUGCCUUGUGUUUUUGUUAUCAGGAUUUUACGUUGCAUUCAGCACUAUUUUGUUCAUGUCUCCUGUUCUUUUUGUAGUUCUUUUGUUGUAGUUUUCUUGUUGAUUAGUUUCCUGAUGUGUCUUGUUGUUAGUCUGUUUGCUCUUGUGUUCAUGUUUCCUGGGGUCUUUGUUGGUCUUGUCCAUCACUGAAUGUGCUGUAGGUUUCCUCAGUUCUGCACUUGUUUCUUGGUUUUUGUUCCAUGUUCUUGGUUUAUUGUUUGUGUAAUAAAUCCUGUAUUUAGUUUUUACUCUCCCUCAUCUCUGAAUG